UGGCAUCAAAGCAUCUGUGGAGAGAAAAGAAGUUAACUAGGUGUUUGGAAAGAGAGAAAAUGGCAGGAAUUGUGGUGGUUUUCGACUUCGACAAGACGAUCAUCGACGUCGACAGUGAUAAUUGGGUGGUGGAUGAGUUGGGUGCCACUGAUUUGUUCAAUCAACUCCUCCCCACCAUGCCCUGGAACUCCCUCAUGGAUAGAAUGAUGGAGGAGCUUCAUUCACAGGGGAAGACCAUUGAUGACAUUGCUGAGGUUCUCAAGAGGGUUCCAAUACAUCCAAGGGCGGUUCCAGCCAUUAAAUCAGCCCAUGCUUUAGGGUGUGAUUUGAAGAUAGUAAGUGAUGCGAAUCUCUUCUUUAUCGAGACGAUUCUGAAGCAUCUCGGCCUAGAGGACUGCUUUUCGGAGAUCAACACAAACCCCAGUUUUGUAGAUGAAGAAGGGAGGCUCAGGAUCUUCCCUCACCAUGAUUUCACCUCAUCUUCCCAUGGCUGCAAUCUCUGCCCUCCAAACAUGUGCAAGAGCAUGGUGAUAAAGAGGAUUCAGGCUUCUAUAUCCACAGAAAAAUUGAUCUACCUUGGAGACGGCAGUGGCGAUUUCUGCCCGAGUUCGAAACUGGGAGCAGGAGACUAUGUGAUGCCAAGGAAGAACUUCCCACUGUGGGACUUGAUCUGCAGAAAUCCCAACCUCAUAAAGGCAGAGAUUCAUGAAUGGAGUGAUGGGGAAGAGCUGGAGCUUGUUCUGUUGCACCUAAUCAAGAAAAUUUCAGAAGAAAACAAUCCUAAUAACAACUCAGCUGCUUCCCAGUUGAUACCUGUUGACUGCAAGUUUGAGACAAUGGCUGCCCAAGUCCUGCCUCAAGCUCUCCCAGUUCCUCAUUAGUUCUUCUAAGAAUCCUCCAAUGUUGGCCAACCCCAAAGCUAUCAUAGUUGCAACACUUGCUUCCCUUAGGUUUUUUUUUUCUUGGGGUUAACUGUUUUUUUUUUCCUUUAACAUAUGUUUAUUCUCUGGUGCUGUGUUUCUGAGAUUGAAAAAAAUACAGUACUAGUUUUCUUCAACUAAUAUAAAUGCCUUUACAUCAUCCAUCUCA